AUUCUGGUGCUGGAGAGAGGAGCGGUGAACCUGCUCUUACCCCAGCUAUGGCCACCGACCCGUGCGCCGCCCGGUCUCACCCUGCCCAGCUAACCGUCUGCCUUCUACUGCCCCAGAGGGGCUGCUGAGGUCUGCUCCAAUAAGCAAAGAGCAUGAGCUAGCCUCCUGUGUGCUGAUGAGGGGUCCUGGACUCUCUGACAUCUCCUGUCCUCUAGCCAUGUGGGCUACUUGGAAGAGGGGUGCCGGCUGCCGCAGAAUUCCAGCGGUCAGCAAGAUGUCUGCUGCGUGUUUAUUGGCUAUUGUUCUUUUUCAUCUGAACACCACGGGCGCCGAAUCGGUGCAGCUGAACGAGAAGACCACCGUCAUCCUUCCAUCUGUGAAGUAUCACCACGUAGACCCCGAGUCCAACAAGGAUCUAAUUUGCGACAAGUGCCCCGGGGGGACCUACGUGUCCAAACACUGCACGGCGUCGGCGCUCAGAGAGUGCAGCCCUUGCGCCGACGGCUCCUUCACCAGACACGAGAACGGGAUCGAGAGGUGCCACGUCUGCAGACCGCCAUGCCAACAACCCAUGGUCGAGAAAAUGCCUUGUACUGCCUUGUCUGACCGCGAGUGCUCUUGCCCCCCCGGCGCGUUUCUUUCCAAUGACACUUGUGUUCCUCACACCUUGUGCCCCAUCGGAUGGGGCGUCAGGAAGAAGGGGAGUGAGACGGAAGACGUCAAGUGUAAGACGUGCCCCGCCGGUACUUAUUCUGAUGUGCCUUCUAGCGUCAUGAGAUGCAAGACGCACACAAACUGCUCAGAGCUUGGUGCGGUGGUCCUCAGCCCCGGUACGAAUAAGCGUGACAAUAUUUGCGGACCCCCAUCUUCAUCUUCUCCAGGUGCAAACGCAACCCGUGCCGAGUAUGAGCCAUCUGAUGUUUACAAUGAACCUGAAAAGAAUGAUACAAAAUACUUGAAUAUCACAAGCGAUUUGGACGGAGGAAGCCAGCGGAAUCUUGUCACCAAGAGCCCGAAGCGGACCGACGGCGUCCAACAACGGCAACCGGGAAUCAUGAGAAACGCCGUGGAAGGGCUGAAGAACUCUGGCUUUAAGACCACUAAAAGGGGACCCCCGCGCCCGAGCGCCCAGGACUUUGACAUCAACGAGCACCUUCCGUGGAUGAUCGUUCUGUUCCUGCUGCUCGUGCUCGUGAUUAUUGUGGUCUGUAGUGUCAGGAAAAGCUCAAGGACCUUAAAAAAGGGACCAAAGCAGGACCCCAGCUCCAUCGUCGAGAAGUCGGGCUUUAAAAAGUCCACCGCGCUGGCGCAGAACCGGGACAAAUGGAUCUACUACUGCAAUGGCCACGGCAUUGACAUCCUGAAGCUCGUGGCGGCCCAGGUCGGGAGCCAGUGGCAAGACAUUUACCAGUUCCUGUGCAACGCGAACGACCAUGAAGUGGCGGCGUUCUCCAACGGCUACGCUGCGGACCACGAGCGGGCCUACGCGGCUCUGCAGCACUGGACCGUCCGCGGCCCGGAAGCCACGCUCGCGAAACUCAUCAGCGCUCUGCGCCAGCACCGGCGCAACGACGUUGUGGAGAAGAUCCGAGGCCUCAUGGAGGACACGGUGCAGAUUGAAAACGAGAAGCUGACUCUUCCUGUGAAUGUUAUCCAGCCGAUUCCAGCCCAAGACCCUAAAUCUCCAGAAACCACGACCCUAACUGUGGAACCAUCUCCCAUGGACAAGAGCAAGAGCUUCUUCGCUGAUGAGUCGGAACCCCUGUUGCGUUGUGAUUCUACAUCGAGUGGAUCCUCGGCUCUCAGCCGGACGGGCUCGUUCAUAACCAAAGAAAAGAAAGACACGGUGCUGCGCCAAGUUCGCCUGGACCCGUGUGACCUGCAGCCCAUCUUUGAUGACAUGCUCCAUAUCUUGAGUCCCGAGGAGCUUCACGUCAUCGAGAAGAUCCCGCAGGCAGAAGACAAGCUGGACCGGCUGUUCGAGAUCGCCGGAGUCAAGAGCCAGGAGGCCAGCCAAAAACUCAUUGAUUCCGUCUACAGCCAUCUCCCCGACCUGCUGUAACGUAAAAAAUAUACAGGACUGCUUACCUGUCUACGACUCCGCAAGCAGGAUCCCGACUGCUCCCCGCCAAUCCUCUGUUACAGAGAAAUCACGUCGUGCAGCCCCCCCUUCCUUCCUUUGUUUUCUUGUCAUUUGGACAUGGCGACCUUCGUCAGGACACUCGGCGGUUACACGUUCCAUUAAACGCUGCGACUCUUUGCUUUACAGCUGUGGAAAGACUAUUAUCUGGAGCGGUUCUGUCUGGCACUCAAAGGGUUUACAAAAUCAGGGUCGGUUUUUGUAUUUUAGAUGGCCUUAGACAAAAAUUCAGCAUUG